UGGGUGCGAGGUAACAUGGUGGUUUAGUUAUCGCCUAUCAGCCAUAGACAGAAGAAGGUUGGAGUGACUGAGAGCUUGAGUGUUCGGCUUUUUAUUUUCAGUUUUCCUUUGUUUUUUAGCUUUCGUUUGUCUUCAAAAUGGAGAUGGAGAAGAGGAUCAGUUUGGAGUUGAGGAAUAAGACCCCAGCCGAGGUGGCUGAGCUGGUGGUGGACAACUGUCGGUCCAGUGAUGGAGAGGUGGAAGGGCUGUCAGAUGACUACAAGGAGCUGGAGUUUCUCAGCAUGGUCAACGUGGGGCUCACCUCCCUGGCUAAGCUGCCCUCACUGCCCAAACUGCUCAAGCUGGAGAUCAGUGAUAACAUGAUCGUUGGAGGUCUGGACCAGCUGUCUGAGAAGUGUCCCAACCUGACCUACCUCAACCUGAGCGGGAACAAGAUUAAGGAGCUCAGCACUGUGAAGCCUCUGCAAAAUCUGAAGAACCUGAAGAGUCUGGACCUGUACAGCUGUGAGAUCACCACUCUGGAGGACUACAGGGAGAGUGUCUUUGAGCUGCUGCCACAGGUCACCUUCCUGGACGGGUACGACCACGAAGACAACGAGGUGCCAGACUCAGAGGCUGACGAUGAUGACAACGAGGGUCUAGACUCAGAGGCUGACGAUGAUGAUGAUGACGACCACACAGCCGGCCCCACCAGAGAUGGGGACGAUGAUGAGGAUGAGGAUGAUGAGGGUUCAGAGGGCGAAGAGGUGGGACUGUCCUACCUGAUGAAGGAUGGCAUUCAGGAUGAGGAAGAUGAUGAUGACUAUGUUGAAGAGGAGGAGGAAGAGGAUGGAGUAGGAGUCCAGGGAGAGAAACGGAAGAGGGACACAGAGGACGAGGGAGAUGACAGCGAUGGAGAUGCCGACUAACCCCUCUCCCCUCCUGCCACAGAGCAUGGGAUCAGAACUAAGCUAGAAGAACAGGAAAUCGUUUUGGAUUUUUUAUUUUUGUAUACCAUAGAUAUUACUGUAGAAGCUAAGUGUUUCAUUUGUUUUUUUGUACAUGUUCCAUACAAAAAGGGAAGCAGUUUUGAAUUCCAUACAAAAAGUGCUUUUGUAACAUCACAAAUGUGGAUGUGGGGUGGGCUAUAGCAUCCAGACAAGGUGAUUUUUAACUCUUGGCAAAAUGUUCUGGUUGCAUGUAGUGGCACGUUUGGCCCAUUUCAAGUCAGUCUGGUUGUGAUUGUCUGCUAUGCUAUGUUCACCCGUUAAAGUCCCCUAUUGUAAAGUCUUGCACCCGUCCCAUUAGGGGAAAGCGUAGACCCUUGCCAACCUCGUUAUUCUCCCAAGACUUUAGUUGUCAAGUGAAAAGCUCAAUGUGCUGUCUGGGUUUAUAUAAGAGGAGGCUGGUGGGAGGAGCUAUAGGAAGACAUGCUCUUUGGAAUGGCUGGAAUGGAA